AUGCACAAGAACACAGCCAGGCAGACUCACCGCCAUCACGAUGGGCGCAUCGACCUCGAUCUCACCUCAAAUGUUGCAAGGAGACUUUCAAAAUAUCUAGAUAUUCCGUCAUACUCUGAGUUUGAUUCCAAGCUACCUGAAAUCAAGGAGAAUCGCCCAUGGGCUGUCAAGCUCAAUAUUGUCAUCCAAGUCGUGGGGAGUAGGGGCGAUGUCCAACCCUUCAUUGCUCUCGGCAAUGAGCUACAAAGGCACGGCCACCGUGUGCGAAUCGCAACACACGAUCAAUUCGAGGACUUUGUACGGCAAGCAAACCUUGAGUUUUAUCCAAUUGGUGGUAAUCCGGCUGAGUUGAUGGCAUUUAUGGUAAAAAAUCCGGGCUUGAUUCCGAGCAUGGAGACUUUGAAAGGUGGAGAAAUCCAGCGAAAGAGAGCUACAAUUUCUGAGAUGCUAGAUGGAUGCUGGAAAUCAUGUUUAAAGCCUGACAUGAUAUCUGCCGAGCCAUUUGUAGCUGAUGCUAUCAUUGCCAAUCCUCCAAGUUUUGCACACAUUCAUUGCGCUCAAGCACUCGGGAUUCCACUGCAUCUCUGUUUCACUAUGCCAUGGUCACCAACAGCAGCAUUUCCGCAUCCACUAGCAAACAUAAAGACGUCCAGUGUGGAUGUUGGAACUGGAAAUUAUCUUUCUUAUUUACUAGUAGAGUGGAUGACAUGGCAAGGCCUAGGAGACAUUAUAAACAGUUUUCGAAAGAGCAUUGACCUUGAACCUAUACCAUACUCUGAGGGACCCACGCUUGCAUCCUCCCUCAAGAUUCCCUUCACCUAUUGUUGGUCUCCUGCACUCGUACCAAGGCCUAUAGAUUGGCCUCCCCAAAUAGAUGUCUGCGGAUUUUUCUUUCGUGAUAAUCCGAUAUAUACGCCACCACCAGAGCUUGAUGCGUUCUUACGAAUGCAAGGACCACCAGUUGUAUAUAUUGGCUUCGGUAGCAUUGUCAUCGACAAUCCAGAAGCCUUGACACGGACUCUAUUGGAUGCGGUUCAUGCUCUUGGCGUCAGAGCAAUUAUCUCAAAAGGCUGGAGUAAUUUGGGUGGAGCUGACUUCGAGGAUAUCUUCUAUCUUGAUGACUGUCCCCACGAAUGGCUAUUCCAGCAUGUUUCAGCUGUUGUGCAUCAUGGUGGUGCAGGUACAACAGCGUGCGGGUUGAGGAAUGGACGACCUACCAUGGUUGUGCCCUUCUUCGGAGAUCAACCAUUUUGGGGAGAGAUGAUAAAUGCGGCAGGUGCUGGACCGGCUCCAGUGCCUUUCAAAUCCCUUGAUACCAAGAACCUUGUAGAAGGCUUGAGAUUCUGUCUGACAAAAGAAGCUGCAAUUGCAGCAGGUAAGAUAGCAUCGAAGAUGGAGAAAGAAGAUGGCGUUAAGACCGCUGUGAGAUCUUUUCAUGCCAAUUUAUCUCUUGAAGAUCUGCGCUGUGAUUUGCUGCCAGAUAGACCUGCAGCUUGGCGAUACAAGCACAAGGACCAGAACAUCAAGCUCUCCAAGUUUGCUAUGCAAAUAUUACUCGAAAACAAGAGACUUGAUCGUGAAAACAUAAGACUAAUUGAAACAAAACACAUAGAAAUUUUGAACCGACGAUGGGACCCAGUCACUGCCAUGGCUUCGGCCUAUCUCGGAAUGGCGACAGACAUUGUCCAAGCCCAAGUAGGAAUGUUCACUAAACCUUACGAAGAAUACAAGAAAGCACAAGCUCAAAACAAAAGCCAUAAAAUUGAAAACGAGAGCCGAAAUAAACAAAGCUCUGAGAUCUCUGAUUCUCAAAGCUUGGAAGGUGGUAAUUGCGCCACCACCCGCUCUUCCUCUAUCCAUUCUACAAAUACAUAUAACAAGAAAUCGGAUACAGCUAGCUUAAUGGCUCGCGCUUCAGGGAAAAGUGCCGGAAAAAUGCUUGUUGCUACUGGUAAAGGAACUUUUGUGGAUGUCCCUCUUGCAAUGGCAGAUGGAAUGCGGGCAAUGCCUAGCCUGUAUGGUGGUAAAGUUAGAGACUGCGGAGAAGUGACGGGCUGGAAGAGCGGUAUGGCUGUCGGCGGAAAGGCCUUUGGCUUAGGAUUAGUUGACGGAUUGGCAGAUCUAGUUGUGCAGCCUUACAAAGGUGGAAGGAAGGAGGGUGUAUUAGGUGUGGCUAAAGGUAUCGGGAAAGGUACUGUGGGCAUGAUAUCGAAAAUUUCAGGAGGUGCCGUUGGUGUCUGGGCAUAUCCGGCGCAGGGUAUAGCGAAAAGCAUUUCUAAAGCGGUGCACACGACAAACAAAAGAGAAAUUGAAGUCGCGAAAAGAGAAGAAGGGGCGUGGCUAAUACAGGAAGGUCGACUGACUAACGGAGAUGUGAAGAGGAUAGUAGAAGCAUUUGAUUUGAUAAAAAGAUAA